AUGUCCGACUCUCGGCAGAUCCCUCCUGGUAUUUGCUCACUUCCGCCAUUACUACACUGCAUCAACCGCCUCUUUAUCAAACCACACUUCAGCCCCCUCAAGCAUCUCCCCUCUCCCAAGCAAGGCCCCUUUCUAUUCCGUCUCAUACACGAGCCCAAGGUCUCUGAGAUAGAAACAUGGAUGGAUGAGCUCCCGAACCAGGGAAUCAUCAGGUACAUGGGAGUCUUCAACCAGGAGCGCAUCUAUGUUGCCUCCCCUGAAGCCGCGCAGGAGUUGCUAUCAUCAAAUGCUUACAAGACUAUCAAGCCUGAGCUUCAGUGGAUCCUGGCGAAUAACAUCGCUGGCCACGGAUUGCUGAUCCAGGAGGGAGAUCACCACAGACAGGCUCGCAAGAGGUUUAAUCCGGUGUUUAGUCCUGCUCAGAUGAAGAAGUGGUUCCCUAAUAUCUGGAACUUGGCUGUCGACGCCAUUGACAUCCUCCCUCAACACAUAGAGAGAGAACCCUUUGCCCCACACAGCGUUGUAGGAAUCAUCGAACUGGUCUCAGCAGCAAGUAUCGACAUCAUCGGUCGUUUCGGCUUCAGCACCGAGUUCCAGACCCUCCAGAGAGUCACAUCAGGGCAGAGCACCAAAGGCUCUUCAGAUCCAAAGGUCCGCUUUGGCAAAGCCUACAUUGAGAUGUUCAAGACCACGAAGCGAGGCCAGGCUACCCUCCGUGCUGCGUCCCUCAUCGGACCCCAGAUCGCGCUGAAGCUGCCUCUGCGAGCGGUCAAGACAAUCGAUAGUAUCAUGGCUCUGGUUCGUGAUACGGCCGAGGAUAUAACAACAGACCACGAGCGAAAUAUUGAGAAAUAUGUGGGAAGGCCUGAUCCGGAUAUGCUCACGUUGCUGAUGCAGACUGGACACUUUUCGCAUCAGGACUUGGUUGAGCAGACUGUUCACUUCUUUGCUGCUGCGACAGAGACUGUGGCUGGUUCUACAUGCUGGGCCAUCCACUUGCUCUCCAGACACCCCGAUAUCCAAGACCGUCUGCGAGCGGAGAUCAGGGAGCAUGUAGCCGAGCCUCGAUCAGAUGUUAGCCAGCCUCAACUGCACAGCCUGAAAUAUCUCAACGCUGUCACAAACGAGGUACUACGCUACCACUCCAUCAACACCCUCCUCUGGCGCGAGCCAACACAGGACAUCACCCUUGCAGGAGAGCGAAUACCCCAAGGCACAAAGAUUGUCUUUUCGCCGUGGGCGCUGAACCGCGACCAUGCGCACUGGGGACCUGAUGCGCGGAUGUUCAAUCCAUCGAGAUGGCUGGAUAAUCCCAGCGGCGGAGCGGACCACGCGUACUCGUUUCUGACGUUUGGGGGUGGUCCGCGGCGUUGCGUCGGUGAGCAAUAUGCUAGAGAUCAACUGUCCUGUUUUGUUGCGAGCCUCGUUGGACGGUAUAGGUUUACUCCUGUUGACUUGCAGAAUGGGUCGGAUGAGGGGAGGGAGAUAGGAGAUGAUUUUGCGUUGACGCUGUUUAAGAUUAUUUCGGGGUGGAAGUUGAAUGUUGAGUUGGUUCCUGGAUGGUGA